CUUCAUAGGCAGUCUCCGGCUUCACUGUGCGCCUGGCGAGUGCAGAGAGAGGAGCAUCGGGAGGCAGCGGGAGAGACAUUCCGAAAAUAAGCUUCCACUUUACCGCAGUCGUUCCGGUGCAGACCCAUCCUCCAUGCCCGAGCCGGGGGCUGCUCCCAGACGGAGUCCGCAGGGAGUUCCGUACACCGACCUGGAGCACAUCGUCAACGCCGAUGGGUUGCACCUGUUCUGCCGCUACUGGGAGCCGGUCGCUCCGCCAAGGGCGCUGGUGUUCAUCGCCCAUGGGGCUGGGGAGCAUUGUGGACCAUACGAUGAGAUUGCACAGAGAUUGAAGGAGCUGUCCAUGCUGGUCUUUUCGCACGACCACGUUGGCCAUGGUCAGAGUGAAGGAGACAGAAUGAACAUCAAGGACUUUCAGAUGUACAUCCAAGACUCGCUGCAGCACAUCGACCUGAUGAAGUCUCGCCACCCGGGCCUACCUGUCUUCAUCGUGGGCCAUUCAAUGGGCGGUGCAAUAUCCAUCCUCACAGCCUGCGAGAGGCCCACCGAUUUUACUGGAGUGGUUCUGAUUGGUCCCAUGGUCCAGAUGAACCCAGAUUCAGCUACACCGUUCAAGGUUUUCCUGGCCAAGGUUUUGAACCACAUGCUGCCAAACUUUACUCUGGGCUCCAUUGAGUCUAAAUGGAUCUCACGGGACAAGAAGCAGGUGGAAGCUUACGAUGCUGACGAGCUGAACUUCCAUGGAGGGAUGCGCGUGUCAUUCGGCAUGCAGCUAAUGGGGGCGGCAGCUCGCAUCGAGAGAGAGAUCGCGUCCAUCAGCUGGCCCUUCCUGCUCCUGCACGGUGACGCUGACAAGCUCUGCGACAUUCAAGGCUCCAAAAUGAUGUUUGACAAAGCUCCCAGCUCAGACAAGAAACUCAAGGUGUACGAGGGCGGCUACCACGCCCUUCACCACGACCUGCCAGAAGUGUCGGAGUCCGUGCUGAAGGAGGUGACCAGUUGGAUCACAGAGCGCCUUCCCAACACUGCAUUGCCGUCACCACAAGGCUCGUAGACUUCCGGAACAUGUCAAGAGGCCAGUCGAAGCUCCAAGGAAACCAUCUUCUUGAAAAUAUACUGUACAGCGCACAGCUCUAUGGUUUAACUAGCAGUCAGCUCAAACCAUAUUGGGAAAAUGCAUGUACAAGUUCAAGUUGCAGUAUGCUCAGGUUUGUAGCGCAAUAAUGACCGUUCUGUGUGCGCAUCUAGCGCCACUUAUACUCCUCAGCCUUCCUCAAAUGAAUGUUCGACAAAUGACACAUUAUCCUUUAUCAAUGUUACAAAUCCUCCCCAUUUCCACGUCCUAAUUAGUUUUAAGCAAAUAUGACUAAAAGCGAGUGACACGAGUUCGUUAAUUCCGGUAUGGGCCACGGAUUCAGUUUUUUUUCUUUUUCAAUUGCUAGGCAGGGAAUUAUUACCGCUUUUCUUGGUGGUGCAUGAAUGGUAAUGGUAUAAUUCAGGCAAUUUGCAAGUCUAUCCAAAUUAAGUCUUAAUUGAAGUGUCCGUCCGAGUAAUUGUCGUCCUCAAGCAGGCCACUUUGCUAAGUUACUAUGGACUAACUAUGGAGUUACAGUAAUUGGUUCACAUGCCAUUAUAGUUUGCCCGAAUAAAUAUAGGAUGUAACAUAGAGGACAGACUGAACUCCACAAUAGGAUAACAAUGUACAUUAAUUUGAUGGUUGAGAUUUUUUUUUUUAAUCCUGAGAAUACACAUAAA